AUGGUCUGCAAAGUGGAACGAGCCUCAUGCCAUGAUAACUUUGGAUAUGCUAGUGUGAACCAGACUGACCGUAAAGAUAGCUCGUCAGGUUCAAAGACGGAUAUGGAGCCUACGAUGAGCAUCCAGAACAGCAGUUUCUCGUGCACCGGCGUGCGCAUCUUCAAGAUCGCCUUGAAGGUGUACGAGGCGUGCCUGGACGGACCCCAAGCAGUCUUGGAACAGCAGGCCGUCGACCCGCGAGUUGUUCGCCAAGUGGUUGUUGACCAAACAGACCAGGUGUCUAAGGUCUCUAAAGACUACGGCAAGUCUGAUAUCGGCGAACACUUCGAUCAGACCUACCUCGAUGCGGCAGAGUCAAAGUCGCCCCACAAGCUCGCGAUCAUUGCCAGUGUCAAGAUGACAUGGAAGAUGGCCUCGUUCUCGUGCGAGUUCUUCUGGGACAGGGACUUGUUGAGCAGAGAAAUGGUGCGUCGCAAGUGA